UUUCAUAUAUUGCUUUCCCUCUGCUAGGACUGUAGAGGAAAGACUACAUCUGCUUGGACUGGACCCAGUAAACAGAUUUCAGCUGCAGAAUUGACACACUCAGAACAGAGCAACCCUCAAGAGUUGGGUACAGGCAUAAUAGGGGUAGACAUGUGGUUGUCUUUGGUGCUACUCCUAGCUUCAUUAGCCACUCAGGCUGCUACAUCCAGGGAACGGGAAUGGGCUCAACAUGGAGCUUCCAUAUUUGCUGAUCUCACCCCUCGUGAGAUGCGUGCUGUGAGAGAUUACCUUCAUUCCCGCAGUGAGUUGGGCCUUGUUUCAGCUCGAGAUAAGUCCCUCAAGAAGAACAGUAUCCUCCUCAUGGAGCUUCAUGUUCCGCGAAAGCAUGAGGCCCUCCGGGCACUGGACAGAGGCCAGGCCAAACCACCACGUCAGGCUUGUGUGGUGAUACAGUUUGCCAACCAGGCCCAUCCUAAUGUAACAGAGUAUAUUGUUGGGCCUCUGCCUUUCCCAGAUUCCCAUCAGCUCAAGACCUUCAAAGGCGACCGACCUAUCAGCUUUGAAUCCCGCCCAAUCUCUUCUGUAGAAUACGAACACGUGGAUGCCAUCUUAAAUAAGAUUGCCAAGAAAGUGAACAAGAUUCUGCACGAGAGCACAGGCUUCACUUUUUCAAACUGCACUGACCGGUGCCUGACCUUCUCAGACAUAGCUCCACGUGGGCUGGAACCAGGUGAGAGGCGAACGUGGAUCAUGCUGCAGAAGUUUGUGGAGGGAUAUUUCAUACACCCUGUGGGAUUUGAGGUUCUUAUCAACCACAAAGACCUGGAUCCAGAGAAGUGGACUGUGGAGAAAGUGUGGUAUAAUGGGCAGUACUUUGAUAGUGUGGAGGAGCUGGUGGAAAAGUACGAGAUGGGAACCAUUUCUAAACUCAAGCUGCCUGAACAUGAUGAGCAGGACCUAUACUCUACCUACAUUCCUCGUGGUCAUAGCAAUACACACACAAAUAUCCAUGGGCCUAAGCUUGUAGAGCCUCAAGGCCCCAGAUACCAAGUAGAUGGAAACUUUGUGGAGUAUGCAGGAUGGUCUUUUGCAUACCGUGUUCGCUCAUCUGCUGGCCUCCAGAUCUAUGACCUUCGCUUUAAUGGAGAGAGAGUUGCCUACGAGGUUAGCUUGCAAGAGGCCAUUGCCUUCUACUCAGGAGACACUCCAGCUGCAAUGCAAACAAAAUAUAUAGAUGCUGGCUGGGCCAUGGGGACCUCUGAUUAUGAGCUUGCACCUGGUAUUGACUGUCCUGAAAUUGCCACCUUUGUGGACAUGUAUCAUUUCUAUGACACUGACAAGCCAGUCCGGUAUAAGAAUGCAUUAUGUAUCUUUGAGAUGACUACAGCCUCACCUCUCAGGAGACACUUCAAUAGUAACUUUAAAGGUGGCUACAACUUCUAUGGGGGCCUUGAAAAUCAUGUUCUAGUGAUCAGAACCACAUCCACUGUCUACAACUACGACUACAUCUGGGACUUCCUCUUUUAUCAGAAUGGAGUAAUGGAGUCUCGAGUUAGUGCCACUGGGUACAUCCAUGCCACAUUCUUCACAGAAAAUGGACUGAACUAUGGAACCAGGGUUUACAACUACGUUCUUGGAAAUCUGCACACGCAUCUUGUUCAUUACAAAGUAGACCUUGAUGUUGCAGGUCGAGACAACAGUUUUGAGUCACUGGAACUCAAAUAUGUCAACUUCACCAAUCCUUGGAGUCCCAAACAUACCAUCAAACAGUCCAUCCUCCACAGGACACAAUAUGAAACAGAGCGUAGCGCUGCCUUUCGCUUUGGCAAGAAGUUCCCUCGCUAUUUACACUUUUAUAACCAAAAUCAGAAGAACAAGUGGGGGCAUCAGAAGGGUUACCGCAUUCAGUUUAAUUCACAUGCCAACAGCGUUCUGCCCCGAGGCUGGAGAGAGGAGAAUGGCAUUCCAUGGUCGAGAUACCCUUUGGCUAUAACCAGACAUAAGGACAGUGAGGCCACCAGCAGCAGCAUCUACACCCAGAAUGACCCAUGGGAGCCUGUGGUGUCAUUUGAGGACUACAUCCGCAACAAUGAAAACAUUGUGAACCAGGAUUUGGUUGCCUGGGUUACAGUGGGUUUCUUACAUAUCCCACACUCUGAAGACAUUCCCAACACGGCGACACCCGGAAACGCCGUAGGCUUCUUCCUUCGUCCCUUCAACUUUUUCAAUGAGGACCCCUCACUAGCAUCACGCAGCACAGUCAUCGUGCGACCAGACAAGGAAGGCAAACCAAAAGUUCAGAGAUGGACUCCAGAGGUUGUAGGUCACUGUGUCUCAGACAAGCCUUUCUUCUACAAUGGCACAUAUGUUGGUGUCUAAUCAUUUGAAGUAUUUGAAGUGAUUUUAUGUCAGGUAAAAGAUGUGGUGUGAAAUUCGUAGGGGUAGCUACAUAAAUAAAUAAAUAAAACAUUGAGACACAAUAUUUAUAAGGUUUGCAAGUAUCUGAAAAGCCUUUAAUCUACAUGUAUGUAUGUGCACAUCUACAUAUUCUCUCAAAACCUAAUGUCAAUGUCAAAAACUACUGUUAAUGCUUACAAUUAUUAUGUUAGAAACUGGGGAGGGGGGGUGUUUUGUUUCUUUUCAUUAUAUUUUAAGCUUUGUCAAAAAUAAAUGAAUAAAUAAAUAAAACUGCUGUAUUACUACCAGCAUCAGAUUCA